AUGCAAUUGACUUACACAGCCGUCAUCCUUGGCUCCCUGGCCUCUCUGGCCUCAGCUACUGUAAAGCGCGAGCUCCCAUUCCCAGACUCUGUUCCUCUCCACAAGCGCCAGCCUUCUGGUGCCGAGUACGAGUGCCACGCAGACUGCGGCUACACUAUUCUGAAAGCCGACGAGGACGGCUACUGCGACAGCGACGAGUGGAAGAAGCUCCUCGCCGACUGCCUCAAGUGCGCCAACCAGUAUGACAUGUGGGGAGACUAUGGCAACGGCGUCACUGGCGCUGCCAAGGCUUGCGGUAUUGAUGCUGUGCCUGAGGGUGCUGCCAGUGGCUCUGCUACAGGUGGCUCUGCUACAGGUACCUCUGCUGUCGCCGCUACGACCGUUGUCACAUCCGUGACCAGCGCAGCAGCGACUUCUGCUGAGGAGUCUUCCGCCGAGGAAACUACGGCUGCUGCUGAGACCACUUCUGCUGCCGCCGCUUCAUCAACUGCUGCUGAGACUGCUGCCACCACUGCCGAGAGCUCUGCUGAUGCCAACACGACUCCCGGUGCUGCUCCCACGACUACCGAAAACGACAACUCUGCUUCCAACUUUGCGCUCUCUGGUGUUCUGGCUAUCGGUGCCGCUCUUGUCGCUGCGGCCGGCCUUCUGUAA